UGGGGGCGGAUCGACUCUCAGUCAGUCGGAACGCCAUGGAGAUGAACUGAACCGUGUUCCCAAUGCGAAAAGCCGGGGGAGAUGAGCGGAGGUAAAGGACGAUUAAGGAUACAUUGGUGUGACACUUCCAAAUGUGCCUAAAAACACAGAAAUGAAGAUUUGUGCGAAUUAUUGACUUAGCUGCGGGUUUUGAUGCAUCGUCGAAGUGAAGCCACCAGUCCACCAUUCCAGACUGAGUUUUCUGUUUUCAAACAUCUUGUGAAUGAAGUCACAUGUUUCUACUGCAGAUGCAUAUGAUCCUAUCGCAAGACACAUUUGGCAAUGAGUAACUCUUCAACAAUUGUGCCUCCUGUUGACAAAAGUAAUGCAGUUGCGGGAUUUGUUCUAGUGCCUUUCUUUCUUCUGACAUUAGUUGGAUUCACUGUUGCUAUGGUGAUGUAUAUUCAGAAGAGACGCAGGUUAGACAAGCUUAGACAUCAGCUACUUCCUGUUUAUACCUAUGAUCCCACAGAGGAAAUGAAUGAAGCUGAGGAAGAGCUUCUCUUGGAUAGUGAUGAACCUAAGGUUAUGCAAGGCUGGGGGACCUCACAACAGUACAGAAGAACAUUUUUGACAAAGGGUAUUAAAGCUUGAUUCUUCAGUUACAGCUUUGAUGCAACUCAUUCAAAGGCAGUUGUCGGUCCAUAUGUUUUCACAGUUGAAUGCCUACAAAAUACUGUUUAUAAAACUGGUGUGCAGAAGUGAAACUUGCCAAUCACAAGAUAACUUCUUACAUACAAGUAAAGUUUGUAAUUGAAUGGCAUGUUUGAUGCAAAUAUGGAAACAGCAAUCUAUUUUAUUUGCCUUACAGCAGUACAGCAGGGUUACAGACAUGUUACACUUACUUACAGGAGGUAGUAUUGAUCUCAGGCAAGUCAGUGCAUUAAAUACACAUUGCACAAAUGAUUAAGAGAUUUAUUUUUUAUUCAAGAUUUUUGUUUCUAAUUUUAAUUUGUGUUAAAUUAAUUAUAAUAUAAAUGAGAGUGUUUUAGCCAGUGGAGUACCUAUAAUGGUGGCAGCAGGAUUUGUGGGUUCUUUGGUUUAUUGGGUAUAAUUUUGUGUGGGGAUGUUUAGUCAGACUCUGUAUACAGAAGAUGAUAUAAAAUUUGUUCAUAUGCAUAAGUUUUGAAAGGUCAGUGCAGUGCUGGAAAAUAAGUUGGCAUUUUGUUGAGGCAUAUACUGAUGUGUAUUUACAUAAUAAACCAUGUUCUUCCUUGAACAGUUCCUGAUCAA